AUGAACGAGGUGCGAAAUAGGAGCUAUGAAGAACAAGCUGCGCGCGGAUUGCCUGACUUCGGACAAGCAGUCUGCCGAUGUCUCGACUCACCACGUGAGAAGCAAUGCAAAUUUGAUUGUGGUUCAGGCCUAACCGCCAGCGUGGAACUCGCUAGUCAGAAUGAUGCCUCCCAACGCCAGUCGUCGGUGAACCGGCCCUUAUCCCGCGUGUCCAUCACACCAAAUGGAUUCAUCUCAAAGACGGUAUCCUUAGAUAUUCAUCGCCAAAGUACGACCGAGGCGAUCGGGAGCGGGGUGCCCCGCGAAGAACAUGACCCUGUCAAUCGCACCCUCGCCUGUGGCUGCCAUGUAUGGUGUCUGACCCGCAGUAUGCGCGCUCCAUGUGAUCUAGUGUGGCCAGCACCAGACAAAUGUCUUCUAUCGGCGCUGAAAGUGCCUCCAAUUGGCCGCUCGAUGCUACAAUCUCGGCGUCGCGCCUGUCGCCUGUGGCGUCGUUCCGUUUGGGCGACAUUGCGGGCUGUCAGCUCUUCCAUCGUCAAGGACCCCACGCUCCAGAUUCCGACGAGCUUCAGUGGCUUGAAAAGCGCUUCCAAUUCUCUUCUCCUCGCUAAGCGCCCGCCGGCUUUCCGCGCCGCCGCCGCUCCUCCCUCCUCUGCCAUCAGAGCUGUCUCCACGCCCGUGAAGCCGGAUACAGCUGUUGAGCAAAAACGAAGCAAGGUCGAGAUCUUCAAAGAAAACAGCAACUUCAUAAGAUACCCUCUAAACGAGGAGCUAUUAACUGAUUCCCCCAACGUAAACGAGGCCGCAACACAAUUAAUCAAGUUCCAUGGCAGCUAUCAGCAGUACAACAGAGACGAGCGUGGGACCAGGUCUUACUCUUUCAUGCUCCGCACCAAAAACCCUUGUGGAAAGGUCUCGAACAAGCUCUACCUCGUCAUGGAUGACUUAGCCGAUCAAUUUGGGAUCAAAACCCUUCGUCUGACGACGAGACAGACCUUUCAGCUCCAUGGAGUUCUGAAAAAGGAUCUCAAGACUGUAAUGAGUGCCAUCAUCAAAAGCAUGGGGUCCACACUCGGCGCAUGUGGGGAUCUGAACAGGAACGUUCUUGCCCCAGCUGCUCCGUUUUACAGAAAGGAUUAUUUGUUUGCACAAAAGACUGCGGAAAAUAUUGCUGCGCUGUUGACUCCUCAGUCAGGCUUUUACUAUGAUAUGUGGGUGGAUGGGGAAAAGUUCAUGACUGCUGAGCCUCCGGAGGUGGUGAAGGCCAGAAAUGAUAAUUCGCACGGCACGAAUUUCCCAGACUCGCCUGAGCCAAUCUACGGAACUCAGUUUUUGCCGAGGAAGUUUAAAAUUGCUGUGACUGUGCCGACGGACAACUCGGUGGACCUUUUUACUAAUGAUAUUGGUGUUGUUGUUGUCUCUGAUGCUGAUGGAGAGCCACAGGGGUUUAACUUAUACGUAGGUGGUGGGAUGGGAAGAACGCAUAGGCAAGAGAGCACCUUUGCUCGGCUGGCAGAGCCUUUAGGUUACGUGCCGAAAGAGGAUAUCUUAUAUGCAGUGAAGGCCAUCGUAGUUACACAAAGAGAAAAUGGUAGAAGGGAUGAUCGAAAGUACAGCAGGAUGAAAUAUUUAAUCAGCUCAUGGGGAAUUGAAAAGUUCAGAAAUGUUGUUGAACAGUACUAUGGAAAGAAGUUCGAACCUUGCCACGAGUUGCCUGAGUGGGAAUUCAAAAGUUACUUGGGAUGGCAUCAGCAGGGUGAUGGUGGAUUAUUUUGUGGCCUCCAUGUUGACAGUGGUCGAGUCAAAGGGGUAAUGAAGAAGACUUUAAGGGAAGUAAUUGAAAAGUACAACUUGAAUGUCCGUAUUACACCAAACCAGAAUAUUAUCUUGUGCGAUGUCAAACAAGCAUGGAGACGCCCCAUCACUACUGCUCUUGCUCAGGGUGGUCUCCUGCAACCAAGGUAUGUAGAUCCUCUUAACGUGACAGCUAUGGCUUGCCCAGCCAUGCCACUCUGCCCUUUGGCCAUAACAGAAGCUGAGCGUGGAAUACCCGAUAUCCUUAAGCGGGUCCGGGCUGUAUUUGAGAAGGUUGGUCUCAAGUAUAAUGAAUCUGUGGUUAUAAGGAUAACUGGUUGCCCGAAUGGUUGUGCUAGGCCAUACAUGGCUGAGCUUGGCCUUGUUGGUGAUGGUCCAAAUAGUUAUCAGAUUUGGCUUGGAGGGACGCCCAACCAAACUAUACUGGCUAAAGUUUUCAAGGAUAAGGUUAAAAUUCAAGAUCUCGAGAAGGUUCUGGAACCUUUGUUUUAUCACUGGAAGAGCAAGCGGCUUUCUAAAGAAUCAUUCGGCGACUUUGCAAACCGUGUGGGCAAUGAGAAACUUCUAGAACUGGUGAACAAGUGGGAAGGUAUACCAGUUAAUGCAUCACACUACAACCUAAAGCUUUUUUCAGACAAAGAAACAUAUGAAGCGAUGUACGCCCUAGCCAAGCGCCAGGACAAGACUGUCUAUCAGCUUUCCAUGGAGCUGUUGGACGUGGUCAAAAAGCCGUAUCAUGUUGUAUCUAGAUUGCGGGUUAAGCAUUGUGGGCUUAAUCUUUUGGUGGAUCUUGCCACUAUUUUGUUGGUGACAUUGCAAGCUUUGUGA